AUUUCAAUUUAAUCAAGAAUGGAAGGUUUCGUUGCAUCUUUCGUGAGUUCAAAAAUAAGGAGUCUGGAACUAGAGAAAUCUUUUCCCAGAUUCUAUAUUUCGUUAAUAGUCAAUAUGGUGCUCUUGAUACUGAUGACAGUGAGUUUGGUCGUCUUGUUUGUGUUUGUGAAAAGUAUUCCAGAGUUUUUAAAGAAACAUUUCUGCUUGGUCUUAACCAUAAUGUCAGUCGUCACCAUUCUAUUUCUUGUAUUUGCAUUCAUGACGAAAAUUCAGUGGAAUAUUGUCACCGUCUGUAUAGUGCUUUGGAUUAUA